GUCUGGAAAGAAGAGCGCCGAUGGGAUGCAUCCUGUGAUUCUCCCCUUGUCGACCGUCCGACUGUCCUUUGUGGAACCCUUGCGAUCCUAAGACGAGAAGGAACUACACUUUAUCAUGGACCUGAGGGAUUUUUACCUGCUGGCUGCCCUGAUUGCCUGUCUCAGGCUGGAUUCUGCCGUAGCUCAAGAACUUAUUUACACCAUUCGAGAGGAGCUGCCCGAAAACGUACCCAUUGGGAACAUACCAAAGGAUUUGAACAUCUCUCACAUCAGUUCUGCCACGGGGACCAGUACCAGUCUCGUCUACCGACUGGUGUCCAAAGCGGGGGAUGCCCCUUUGGUCAAAGUGUCCAGCACGACAGGGGAGAUCUUUACCACCUCGAAUCGAAUUGACAGAGAGCGGCUCUGUGCUGGAGCAGCAUAUGCGGAAGAGAACGAGUGCUUCUUUGAGCUGGAGGUGGUGAUUCUCCCCAAUGACUUUUUCCGGUUGAUCAAGAUCAAAAUCAUUGUGAAGGAUACCAAUGACAAUGCCCCCAUGUUCCCAUCGCCUGUCAUCAAUAUCUCCAUCCCCGAAAACACCCUGAUCAAUAGCCGCUUUCCCAUCCCCUCGGCUACGGAUCCCGAUACCGGCUUCAAUGGGGUGCAGCACUAUGAACUUUUGAACGGGCAGAGCGUCUUUGGGCUGGAUAUAGUGGAGACUCCGGAAGGGGAGAAGUGGCCACAACUGAUUGUGCAGCAGAACCUGGACAGGGAGCAGAAAGACACCUAUGUGAUGAAAAUCAAAGUGGAGGAUGGAGGAACCCCCCAGAAAUCCAGCACCGCUAUCCUCCAGGUCACAGUAAGUGAUGUGAAUGACAACAGGCCAGUGUUUAAAGAGGGUCAGGUGGAAGUCCACAUCCCAGAGAAUGCCCCUGUAGGCACCUCAGUCAUCCAGCUUCAUGCUACAGAUGCAGAUGUAGGAAGCAAUGCAGAGAUCAGAUACAUCUUUGGUGCCCAGGUUGCUCCUGCGACUAAAAGACUCUUUGCUUUAAACAACACAACUGGACUGAUUACAGUUCAGAGGGCCUUAGAUCGCGAGGAGACUGCUAUUCACAAGGUGACAGUGUUGGCCAGCGAUGGUAGCUCCACCCCUGCUCGGGCAACUGUUACCAUCAACGUGACUGAUGUUAAUGAUAACCCCCCUAACAUAGACCUCAGGUACAUUAUAAGUCCCAUCAAUGGCACAGUGUACUUAUCUGAGAAAGACCCUGUCAAUACCAAGAUCGCUCUGAUUACGGUCUCAGAUAAGGACACUGACGUGAAUGGCAAAGUGAUCUGUUUCAUUGAGAGAGAGGUGCCAUUCCACUUGAAGGCUGUCUACGACAACCAGUACUUGUUAGAGACCUCUUCCUUGCUGGACUAUGAGGGCACCAAAGAAUUCAGCUUUAAAAUAGUUGCCUCUGAUUCCGGCAAGCCCAGUUUGAACCAGACGGCCCUGGUAAGAGUAAAGCUGGAGGAUGAAAAUGACAACCCUCCAAUUUUCAGCCAGCCCGUAAUUGAGCUGUCGGUUUCCGAAAACAAUCGCCGUGGUCUGUACUUAACCACUAUUAGUGCCACAGAUGAGGACAGUGGGAAAAAUGCAGACAUUGUGUAUCAGCUGGGCCCCAACGCUUCCUUUUUUGAUUUGGAUAGAAAGACUGGGGUUUUGACAGCCUCCCGGGUCUUUGACCGAGAAGAACAGGAGAGGUUCAUUUUCACUGUAACAGCCCGAGACAAUGGUACUCCACCCCUGCAGAGCCAAGCCGCUGUCAUAGUUACGGUGCUGGAUGAGAACGACAACAGUCCUAAAUUCACUCAUAAUCACUUUCAGUUCUUUGUGUCGGAGAACUUACCAAAGUACAGUACUGUAGGAGUGAUCACGGUCACGGACGCAGACGCAGGGGAGAAUAAGGCUGUUACCCUUUCCAUCCUGAAUGACAAUGAGAACUUUGUUUUGGAUCCUUAUUCUGGAGUUAUAAAGUCAAACGUGUCCUUUGAUCGAGAGCAGCAGAGUUCCUACACCUUUGAUGUCAAGGCCAUUGAUGGAGGGCAACCACCCCGCUCAUCAACCGCAAAGGUCACCAUCAAUGUCAUGGAUGUUAACGACAACAGCCCGGUAGUCAUCUACCCACCUUCUAACACUUCUUUUAAACUGGUGCCCCUCUCAGCUAUCCCUGGCUCUGUAGUCGCGGAAGUAUUUGCUGUUGACAUCGACACAGGGAUGAACGCUGAACUCAAAUACACCAUUGUCAGUGGAAACAACAAAGGUUUAUUUCGGAUUGAUCCGGUGACAGGGAAUAUUACCCUGGAAGAGAAGCCGACUCCUACUGAUGUGGGGCUGCAUCGGUUAGUAGUCAAUAUCAGUGACCUGGGUUAUCCUAAAUCCCUCCAUACCCUUGUGCUGGUGUUUUUGUAUGUCAAUGACACGGCUGGAAAUGCCUCUUAUAUUUACGACUUGAUUCGCAGGACUAUGGAAACCCCCUUGGAUAGGAACAUUGGGGACAGCAGCCAGCCGUACCAAAAUGAGGACUACCUUACCAUCAUGAUCGCCAUUGUGGCGGGCGCCAUGGUUGUCAUUGUAGUGAUCUUUGUUACUGUCCUGGUCCGCUGCCGCCACGCCUCCCGCUUCAAAGCGGCCCAGCGGAGCAAGCAAGGUGCCGAGUGGAUGUCCCCCAACCAGGAGAACAAGCAGAACAAGAAGAAGAAGCGGAAGAAAAGGAAGUCUCCCAAGAGUUCCCUGUUGAACUUUGUGACCAUUGAGGAAUCCAAACCGGAGGACGCGGUUCAUGAACCUAUCAACGGGACAAUUAGCCUUCCAGCUGAGCUGGAGGAGCAGAGUAUAGGAAGAUUUGACUGGGGCGCCGCUCCGCCCACCACCUUUAAACCGAGCAGUCCCGACCUUGCUAAGCAUUACAAAUCCGCCUCCCCGCAGUCCGCUUUCCAUCUUAAACCUGACACUCCCGUCUCGGUGAAAAAGCAUCACGUGAUUCAGGAGCUCCCUUUGGACAACACCUUUGUUGGGGGUUGUGACACCCUCUCCAAACGCUCUUCCACUAGUUCAGAUCACUUCAGUGCCUCAGAGUGCAGUUCCCAAGGAGGCUUCAAGGCAAAGGGCCCCUUGCACAGCAGACAGGGAGAACAAGACCAGGCAUUUGCAUCUACCCAAGAAGAUGCCACACCACUGGGGCAUUUUGUACAUGGCACUGCACUGAAUUUUGGAGAUAUGCCGAAGUACUUGUGGGAGAUUUGGGUACCUGACAAACCAUGGGUGUCCCAGCGCCGUGUUACAUUUCACCUCCCCGAUGGUUCGCAAGAAAGCUGCAGUGACAGUGGUCUAGGAGAUCAUGAGCCUGUGGGUAGUGGCACCCUGAUCUCACACCCUCUCCCUCUGGUUCAGCCGCAGGACGAAUUCUACGACCAGGCCUCACCGGACAAGAGGACCGAAGCCGAUGGCAACUCCGACCCCAACUCUGAUGGACCUCUUGGCCCUCGAGGAUUAGCUGAAGCAACGGAGAUGUGCACUCAAGAAUGUCUGGUUCUGGGUCAUUCAGACAACUGUUGGAUGCCUCCUGCUUUGGGUUCCUACCAGCAGCCCAAGUCUCCACUGUCCACCUUUGCCCCUCCGAAGGAAUGGGUUAAGAAAGACAAACUGGUGAAUGGACAUACAUUGACCAGGACCUGGAAAGAAGAUAGCAACAGAAACCAGUUCAGCGAUCGAAAGCAGUUUGGCUCAGGGGAAGGCCAUUUCAACCCCGGCCACAUGACUGACAUUCCUUUGGCCAACAUGAAGGCCUACAAGCCGGCCUCGGCUGCCAUGGAAAGUCCAAAGGAGAACCAGCUAUAAGGAAAGGCUUCUUUGGAACAGUGGACUUUAGCCUAGUUAGACUUGCUAAUACUGUGUGUGUGUGCGUGUGUGUCAAGAGCUUUAUGUACUGAGUAGACCUCUAGAACUAUGCGUCACAUAGCAGAGAUAUGCGUAACCUUGUGGUGGCUCCACUGAACUGCAACGCAAGAGAGCAUUUCUACUAGUUGUGUGCUUUUUGUUAAAUAGACAUAAUCAAACUCUUACAGAGAACCUCUCCAGUUUGCAAAUAUCUUAAUUUUUUUUUGUUUUCGCUUUGGUUUCCGGGGAGGGGACGAGGGACUUUGUUUGGGUUUUUCCUUUUCUUUUGUUUUUGACCCUGGACUGCUGCUGUGAACAGUCGAAGAUCUAUUUGGAGAGUAAGAGAGAGAAAAAGGUGGAUUGCAACUGUUUUUUUUUUAAGCAUAUCCAAUUAGAACAAAAAAAAAAAUGUGUUAUUGUUGCCAUUGAUCUAGUGCUGGGACUGCUAUACUUGACAUCCUUACCGAAACAAAGCAACUAAAAUUACAAACAUUAAACCUACUGUGCUAUUAACUCUGUUAGUGGACACUCGUUAAGUCAAUCAGUGUUCAAGUACUUGUAAAUAGGAUCAAUUAUUAUUACUAACUUUUGUGUACUUAUAACGUUCACCUAAAAAUUUACUGUAGCAUAAUUCUGUGUUUCACAGUUGCUUUUUUCCCCUUUCUUUCUUUCAUUUUGCUUCUUGUUGCUUUGGGUUUUUCCCCCCUCCUUUCUUUUGGUGAUGGUGUUUCUGUGUUGAUUGUCUGUCUGACACACAAUGUUCCCAGGAACUCAAAACACUUGUGUUAAAAAAAAAUUAAGGGGGAAAAGGAAGGAAAAAAAAUCUAUUAUUUUGCUAUUGUUCUUGUAAGCUUAAAACUAUAAACCAAUUCAAAAAAAAAAUUGACUUGAAGCAAGAGCACUGAAAUUUUAGCUGCUUUUAGGGUUUUUUUAAAUUAUUUUAUCUGCCAAAUAAAAGAGUGGGGAAGCAGGUGCCACUUAGGGUUCCCAACAAUGUUUAAGCAAAUUCUGUGAGAUUUUUUGGGGGGCAGUGCCUGGGGAAGGUCAAGUUUGGGGGAAAUGUGAUGUCACUUCUGGGUGACACUCUAGGAAUUUGCCUAAUCUCUAUAGUAAACGCCAUAGAAUCUUGGGGAAAAUUCCUAGAGUCUCACCAUGAAGACCAUUUUUUUUCUUUUGCUCCUCAGUCUCUCAAGGAUGGUAGAUUGGAGCUGACACAGGAAAUUCCCCGGUGCAGCCAGAUAAUUCAGAAGUCUAGCUCCAGCAGUGAUAACAGCUAUUUUACUAAGAAACUGUUAGCUGCCAUCACACUGGACAGUAAUACUCCAAAACAGCAGUAAGUGGAGGAUUAUAUGCCAAGGACACAAUUUGCUAGAAAGCUCUCCUGCACAAUCCCUCAUGGAAUGAAUCUGCUCAAGUGUCCACUCAGUUUAAUGAGGCUAACACAGGAGAUCUUUCUUAGUGCACUGCCCCCCAAUACCGAUGGUUAGUGAUUGCUCUUUUUCUUUUACAAUUGGGCCAAAUGUGUGUCUAUACCUAAGACAGUUUGUAUUGCUCAAAUGGCAGCGGUUGUGUUGAUCCUCAUCUGCAUCGAUGUUGUAGUAACACAAGUGUUUUUAGAUCAUAGCCACAAAAUAAAUAAUAUUUAAUGUGUUGUGCCUUCAUGAUGUAACCAAGCAUUCUCCUGGUAGGCUAGUUGGGGGAAAAACAAAA